UAGUUUUAUUUGCAGCAUGGUCGUUCAUAAAACUUUGAAAUUAAUUAUAUGGGAGCAUUUAGAAAAGUUACCAUGGUCUCCGUGGAUUACUAUUUUCACUGUACUUGGUUUAGUUCUAGGAGGCAUUUUGAUUCCUUUAUUAAUAAAGAAAUUUUGUUUUGAAUUUUAUCAACAUUUGAUUAAAGAGAUAAGCAAUUAUUUCAUAAAAACAUUUAAGCGUCCUGAACCUGCUGAUGCUGUGGACCUUGCAAAACUUCAAUUAGUUAAUAAAACAUUUUACGAAAAAGUACAACCGUCAACAGUAGAACUACAGUACAGUGCUUUUAUUGAGAAUGAACCAAAGUUCUCCAUUGUUCCCGGAAAGGUUAGAUUUGGUUUAGAGUAUGAUGAAGAGGCGGAAGUUCUAAAAGUUACAAUAUUUGAAGCACAAAAUUUACCGGCUGCAGAUGAAGGGGGUGCUUCGGAUCCGUACAUUCGGGUAAUGUUAAAACCAGAUACCAGAAGAAGAUAUGAAACAAUUGUUCUGGACGCAACGUUAAAUCCAAAGUACGAUCAAACGUUUGAGUUUAAAAAACUUCCUAUCUCUGAACUUUUGAACAGGACUUUAAGUAUAUUAGCCAUUGAUUUUGAUCAAUUACCUGAGCACGAUAUUUUAGGAAUGGCAGAAAUACCUAUGAUUGAUUUCGAUUUAUCGAGUCCUGUUGACGUGUGGAGGACUUUGAUUCCAGGAUAUGAUUUAAAUAACCCAGGUGAAUUUAUAAAAGCAGAAUCUGAUUACGGAGACAUUUGCAUUGGGUUGAUGUUUAUGCCAGCUACAGAAAAACUGCACGUGUAUAUUAUUGAAUGUAAAGAUUUAAAAAGUGUCGAUGAGAACGGAAAGUCAGAUCCUUUUGUAAAAAUAACAAUGUUUCAAAAGAAGAAAAAAAUUAAAUCAUUUAAAACUAGACAUAUUAAGGAAACAUUGACACCCUACUUUAACGAAGAUUUUGUAUUUAACUUGAGUCCGGCACUGACACCGGUCACAGACAUACAAUUUAUUGUAUUAGAUUAUGAAUUGUUUGGAAUACCAAAUACUAUUGGUCAAGUUACAAUAGGAGCUUCUUCGUACGGCCCACAGAUGAGACAUUGGAGAGAUGUUCUUCUUGCUCCAAAAAAAUCAAUAGCUUGUUGGCAUAUGUUAAGAGCUAAAAGUAAACUAGGAGAGGAUGAUUAGAAAAAAACGACCAGAAAGAGAUAAUUAACCAUGUACUUAUAUAGAGUCAAAAAAAUUUUCUUUAUUUUUUGCCAAAAAAAAUAGAAGGUCACCAAAUAAAACUUCCACUCUAUAAAGAUAAAAGUAAACAAGAUAAAAUAUACGUAUAAACACUUUUUUCUUCAACUCAAGAAAACAAAAGAUUUGUUAAUAAAAGUGUUUUUUAUUUAAGUUUCUUUCA